GUCUUCAAUUCAUCCUUUUCUUUUCUUUCUCGCUCUGUCUUUCUUACUCUACCCCAACCGGCGGUAAUAAGGCAGUGAGAGAAAUUAAACUACAGAUCAAGAUGAAUCCUUCAAGUGAACUGGACAGAGAAAAGAGUGAAGAAAGACAAGAAGAAAUUGAUGUGGGAGAGAAUAAAGCUGUGGUGGGACUUGGAGGUGAAUCUCAGAGGAUUCAGCCAUGGACACAGCAAAUAACAGUAAGAGGGGUGUUAGUGAGCAUGGUUAUUGGGAUUAUGUACAGUAUAAUAGCCAUGAAGCUCAAUCUCACCACUGGACUGGUUCCAAAUCUUAAUGUUUCUGCUGCUCUUCUGGCCUUUGUGUUUAUGAGGAGUUGGACCAAAGUGUUGCACAAGGCUGGCUUUGUUUCUAAGCCUUUUACUCGCCAAGAAAACACAAUUAUACAGACUUGUGCAGUGGCUUGUUAUAGCAUUGCGAUUGGAGGAGGAUUUGCUUCUUAUCUUCUGGGGAUGAACCGGAAGACAUAUGAAUUAUCAGGAGUCGGCACAGAGGGAAACAGUCCAAAGGGUAUCAAAGAACCUGGAUUUGGCUGGAUGACAGGAUAUCUGUUUGUGGUUUGCUUUGUUGGCCUCUUUGUCUUGAUUCCACUCAGAAAGAUCAUGAUAGUUGACCUCAAAUUAACAUAUCCCAGUGGCUUAGCAACGGCAGUUCUCAUCAAUGGAUUUCAUACCCAAGGGGACAAGAUGGCCAAGAAGCAAGUUCGCGGGUUCAUGAAGUACUUUUCCAUCAGUUUCUUGUGGGGUUUAUUUAAGUGGUUCUUCUCAGGGAUGAAUGACUGUGGAUUUGAACAGUUUCCUACCUUUGGACUCCAAGCUUGGAAACAAACAUUUUAUUUCGAUUUUAGCAUGACUUAUGUGGGAGCAGGGAUGAUUUGUUCACACAUUGUGAAUUUGUCUUUGCUUCUCGGAGCUGUGCUCUCUUUUGGUGUGAUGUGGCCGCUUAUUGAUCAGCUUAAAGGUCAUUGGUUCCCUCCAACUUCUGAAGAAAGUAUGAAGGGCUUAUACGGCUAUAAGGUUUUCAUAUCAGUUGCCUUAAUCCUUGGUGAUGGCAUAUACAAUUUCAUCAAGAUACUAAUUUCCACCAUCCUCAGCAUGCUUGAACGAAUAAAGAGCAGGAAGCUUCAAAACUGUAAGACAACAUUAAACAAUGCUGAUCAAGGUCAGAGGAACUUAAAAGGCAACCUCAAACAGAAUGAAAUCUUCCUAAGAGAUAACAUUCCAAUAUGGAUUGGAAUCAUUGGAUACAUCAUAUUCUCUAUCUUAUCCGCAAUAAUAAUCCCUCACAUGUUUCCACAGCUAAAAUGGUACUUUGUUGUUGGGGCUUACAUUUUUGCUCCUUCUCUGGCAUUCUGCAAUGCAUAUGGAUCAGGUUUAACAGACAUAAACAUGGCAUAUAAUUAUGGUAAAGUUGCCCUUUUUGUUCUUGCUGCUUCAAGUGGAAAAGAAAAUGGUUUAGUUGCAGGACUCGUAGGCUGUGGUCUGAUUAAAUCCGUAGUUUCUGUCUCAUGCAUUCUGAUGCAAGAUUUCAAAACUGCACAUUACACUUACACAUCUCCAAAAGCAAUGUUCAUGUGUCAAGUUAUUGGAACCAUACUGGGAUGUAUCACAGCUCCUUUAAGCUUCUUCAUGUUCUACAAAGCUUUCGAUGUGGGAAAUCCAAAUGGAGAAUUCAAAGCUCCCUAUGCUUUGAUCUACAGAAACAUGGCAGUUAUAGGAGUUGAAGGUUUCUCUGCAUUGCCCCACCAUUGUUUACAACUUUGUUAUGGCUUCUUUGCUUUUGCAGUACUGAUAAAUAUGGUUCGAGAUCUGGCUCCACAGAAGGUUGGGAAAUGGAUGCCAUUGCCAAUGGUUAUGGCAGUUCCAUUUCUGGUUGGGGCAUAUUUUGCCAUUGAUAUGUGCGUGGGAAGUUUGGUUGUUUUUGUUUGGGAGAGAGUUAAUUCAAAGAAGGCAGAGUUAAUGGUUCCUGCGGUUGCUUCUGGACUUAUUUGUGGUGAAGGACUUUGGACUCUUCCUGCUUCAAUUCUUGCUCUUGCAAAAGUUAAUCCUCCUAUCUGCAUGAAAUUUUUGGCUUCAUAGGUUUUUUUUUUUUUUUUUUUCUGUGGUUGGAGAAUCAUUUACACAGAAAAUUUAAAACUUUAGAACCUGCAUUGAUUUAACAUUGCAAUGCAAAUAGGUUCUCCAGGUUGGGUUUCUCUGUACACGUAACGCACAAGGAAACAGUAUAAUUGUUUUUUUUUUUUUUUGGAGACAGAAGGAGGGACAUCUUAAUUUUAUUACACAGGGAAAGUAAUGUAAUGUAAUAGGAUUACUAUGAGCAAAAAUAAUAAUAAGAAUGCAUGUUUGCUGUGCACAA